GAUGUGACAACCAGACGAUCGGCUUCACGAGUGAACGAACUUCGCGGAUUUGAUGUUGGGUUUUGGAGUGCGCAACGGGUUUCUGGUCUGCCUGCCGCGACACUCCAAGCUUCACACACGCUAUUGUCACCUCCUCGUGUCCUCAGCACCUCGUUCUAUGGCUGUAUUCCGUGCAGUCCAGCCUGGGCAACCCAUUUUGCCGGUUCCACCUCUUCAUAACCCAUCAUCCUUUGCUCUCUAAUCUCCCAACUGAGCAUCCAGCCGCCGCGUUAUUGUGCCGUUCUCCCAUAGAACACACGGUUUCCUUUAGAUUAUUGUCACUCGUUUUUUUGAAUCUUUUGUAUUAUUAACGGCUCCUUGCACCGAAAUCUUCCUUCGACCGCGCCUCACCCCCACCCGCUACACAAAAGUGCUGGCACGAUUUUUGUACGGGCAUCUAUUGUCACCAUCACCGCUGCAUUUACUCAGCGCUUUAGAAGCGUAUCGCUUGCGAUUUAGGCCUGAUAUACGAGUGGAGGAUGGUCGUGGAGCAAACCACUCCGGGAAUAAGCACAAUGGUUUCCGACAAAUAUGUUGGAUUGGCGCUGGCCAUUCUUUCGACAAUGGCAAUUGGCACAAGUUUUGUUAUCACGAAAAGGGGUUUAAUGGAGGCUUCAGAGAGACAUGGCUUUGAAGGCGAAGGAUAUUCCUACCUGAAGAGUCCAAUAUGGUGGGGAGGCAUAAUUACACUAAUUGUUGGUGAGGUAGCCAAUUUCGCAGCCUAUGCCUUCGCGCCAGCUAUUCUUGUCACCCCCUUAGGCGCCUUAAGUGUGUUAAUCGGGGCUGUCCUGGGGUCUUACUUUUUACAUGAAAGAUUAGGAAUACUCGGAAAGCUUGGCUGUGCCCUGUCGCUACUUGGAUCCGUUAUCAUUGUUCUACAUGCACCGCCGGAUGAGGAGAUAGAGACUGUGGACGAGAUUUUAGGCUAUGCGAUCCAGCCCGGGUUUUUGCUUUACUGUCUCGCCGUCGCGAUAUUCUCCACUGUCAUGAUAUACCGAGUAGCCCCAGUCUAUGGCAAGAAGAACCCGAUGAUCUACAUCUCCAUUUGCUCGACGGUUGGAUCGGUUUCUGUCAUGGCUGUCAAGGCGUUCGGCAUUGCAUUGAAACUCACCCUAGCUGGGAACAACCAGUUCACGCAUCCCUCAACGUAUGCUUUCGCCAUUGUGGUUGUCUGUUGCAUUCUCACCCAGAUGAAUUAUUUCAAUAAGGCUCUAAGCCAAUUUUCUACUUCAAUUGUUAAUCCUCUAUAUUAUGUGACUUUUACGACUGCUACCCUCUGUGCCUCCUUCAUCCUUUUCCACGGGUUCAACACCACAGAUAGUGUCAACACCAUUUCGCUUUUAUGUGGUUUUCUCAUUAUAUUUGCCGGAGUGUACCUCCUGAAUUUAUCGCGAACGGAUCCAGACGGGCAUACUAUGCUUAACGGCAAAACCGAUGAGGAAGGCGGUGUACCCACCGAUGGCAUUGCCAGUUUGCAAACACGUCGAUCACUCCAAAACAGAAGAAGCGUUGACCAUCGACGGAGCUCUUCGAGUCUAACAUACUUCCAUGGCUCGAGUGACCGUGAAGGUUUGAUGCGAUCUUAUGAUGUUGAGGCGGGCGCAUUCGGCCUCACGGAUUUGGCAGACAGCGAUGAUGGAGGACGAAACAGCACGUCUCGGAAAGCGAGCCAACAGGUCGAGCGUCAGCACGUCGCCCCAAAGAGUAGUGAACCAUAAAUCUUCGCAUACAUUUCUUCUCCUUUUUCCACCUUCCAUUUUGCGUGACCAUUGAUAUAGACUUUCAGUCUUGUUGGAUACGUGGCCGUCAAUGUGAAAUGGAGCAUGAAUAUUAACGAACUUUUCAUUCGAUAGCCCGGGUCAUCCAGUGGGGAAUUAUAGAUACUGGAGUUCGACUCGCGGCAGUCUCUUUGACGGGGAGUUUGGGCAGUCAGGCAUUGUUGCUGCCGGGACUUACCCCGGAGUCUCCGUCCUUCUUUUCCAAGGAGCUCUCCUGAUGCUCCUUCGCAUGUAUACACGGUGUUCUGGUUCGAUUCACGACCAGUUGGGUAUUUGGUGCUUAGUUUUUCUAGCAGGGCUUCCCCAAUGUAAAUGCUCGGAUUUUUUUUUCUCUUCACUGGUCAAACGUCGACAUCGCGGCUCUUAUCAUUGUUACCACAUCCUCUCUUAUUUUUCAGCCGACGUUUGUCGUACCCUUUGACCGCACCCUGGCGGUUUUCUACCUUUUCUCUUUUAGCAUACUCCCUGAACAAUUUCAGGUCCGAGUAUGUAUUUGGCACCCUUGCUAUUGAUCUCUGUUCAUAUUGUGAGAGAUCUCAACUGCUGC